AUGUUCGGCAUGAAUUACACUGAUCCUCCUGAUCCGGAUAACAAAAAAUUAUACGAUGAAGAAUUGGAAGCUGAUGUUGGAGCUAAGCGAAGAGGUAGAAGAGUUGUUCACAAGGAAUUUUCGCCUUAUUCUGGGAACAAACAUCUUCGAUUGAAAGAGAAAAUGGAAUCUAAUGCUAAUCGAAUUCAGGAAGAGAAGAAAUAUUUGAAUUCGAAAUCUCCAAUUGAAAUAUCGAAGGUUGUGCUUAGAGCUGGAAUACGUGAUGUUAUUAAAACUGGAUAUGGCAAGGAAAAUAUCGAUCCGGAGUUCAUUAAAUCGGAGCUUAAUGCUUUUGAGAAGGAGAUUGCGGAUGGGAAGAAAUUGGAAUCGCAGAACAAAAUCAAAUCAAUUGGGAUGUCUAAAUUGAGGAAUGAAAUGGUUGAGGAAAAAGGAUUUGUGAUGCUGCCAGUAACAUCAGACAUGCUCGAGGGAUUUAAUUCUUCAAAGGAAAAUACUAGUGCUAAUCGAUCUUCUUCUCAGUCGCCAGUUGAUGAGUCGAAUUAUUCCAAGGGCCUCAAUUCUUUGAAGAUAAUGAAGACUGGAUCGUCUUCUUCAGCCCCUGGUUCUGUAAUUGAAACAAAUGAUGGCAAGGGCAUUUUGGGAAAAUUUCCUUUUUCGCAAGCUGCUCCAGUUAAUUCAGGUACCCCUUUGGUCUUUGAUGAUAAUCCUAUUGCCCCAAUUAGUUGUCCUACUAAUUGUAAUGAUGAAGAUAUGAAAGAUUCAAUGAAUGAGAAUGGGAAUUUGGAAGUUGAUUCUGGUAAUAAUAUGAAGAAGGAACAGGGAGCUAAUUUCUUGAACAUGGAUUUUUCGAAACCUGUUAUUUCCCCUGCAGCUAAGUUGGUUAGUGAUUUCAAUAAAAAAUCCUAUGCACGUAUUGUAACAUCCGGACUUUUGCCAGGUAUCAUGUAA